UAGUUGUGGUUAUACAUGGGCCACUCAGACGGUCGGACCCCUUGGUUGUGGUUAUCAUCUGAUCCACCAACGCCAUUGCAGGUUGCAGCAAUGCUUCAGCUCACACCAUCUCUCUCUCUCCUCCACAAACCAUUUCUCUCUCCUCAAACCCUAAACCCCUUCUCGCUUCUCCAAACAUGCAAAACCCUACAAGAAGCACAGCAGCACCACGCCCUGUUCCUCAAGACCGGAACUUUCAGCCACCCUUCAGUCGCCUCCUGCUUCCUUUCUCUCUACGCCGACCCCAAAAUCAACAACCUCGACUACGCCCGCUCCGUCUUCGACCAAAUCGAACAACCCUCGUUGGUGUCUUGGAACGUUCUCAUCAAAUGCUACGUCGGAAACCAGCGGUCGCAUGAUGCCAUUGUUUUGUUCUAUGAAUUGGUUCAUGAGCUUGUUCCCGAUCAUUUCACUGUGCCGUGCGUGAUUAAGGGUUGCGCUCGGUUGAAUGCGAUUGAGGAAGGGAAGCAGAUUCAUGGGUUGGUGUUGAAAAUUGGGCUGGGGUUGGAUAAGUUUGUCCAGAGCAGUUUGGUGAGUUUGUACUCGAAAUGUGGUGAGAUUGGUUUGGCUCGGAAGGUGUUUGAUGAAAUGCGUGACCGAGAUUUGGUAACUUGGAAUUCAUUGGUGGAUGGGUAUGCGAGGUGUGGAGAAGUAGAAGUGGCAAUGGAGUUGUUUGAUCAAAUGCAGGAGAGGGAUUUGUUUUCUUGGACUGUUUUGGUCGAUGGGUUGUCGAAAUGCGGGAAGGUGGAGAUGGCUAGGGAGGUGUUUGAUAGGAUGCCAAAUAGAAAUUCGGUUUCUUGGAAUGCCAUGAUUAAUGGGUACAUGAAAGCUGGAGAGGUUGAGACGGCUCGUCAAUUAUUUAGUGGGAUGCCGGCAAGAGAUGUGAUAACUUGGAAUUCAAUGAUUGCAGGUUAUGAAUUUAAUGGGAGGUUUAUGGAAGCAUUGGAGUUGUUUCAAGAAAUUUUGAAAGAAGAUGUCAUGCCUAGUCAUGCUACAUUGGUCAGUGCUCUUUCAGCCGUUUCGGGAUUAGCUAUCCUGAGUAAGGGGAGAUGGAUUCAUUCUUUCAUGGUAAAACAUGGAUUUGAGUUAGAUGGCGUGCUUGGUACAUCCUUGAUUGAUAUGUAUUCCAAGUGUGGGAGCAUUGAGAAUGCUCUGACCGUAUUUCGAGCUAUACACAGGAAGAAAUUAGGGCAUUGGACUUCUAUAAUUGUCGGUUUAGGAAUGCAUGGUAUGGCUGACCAAGUUCUUGAGCUAUUUCUCGAGAUGCGGAAGAAUGGAAUGCAGCCUCAUGCUAUAACUUUUAUUGGAGUCUUGAAUGCAUGUAGUCAUGCCGGAUUGGUCGAUCUUGGCCGUUUCUAUUUCAAUCUGAUGACAAAUGAUUAUGGAAUUGAACCCACAAUUGAACACUACGGUUGCUUUGUAGACAUUUUAUGUCGGGCUGGCUGUCUGGAUGAGGCGAAGAAUGUCAUUGAAAGUAUGCCCAUGAAACCAAACAAAGUAAUCUGGAUGAGUUUGCUCAGUGGUGCUCGGAAUCAUGGAAAUGUUGAACUUGGCGAUUAUGCUGCUCGUCACCUGAUUGAAGUGUCUCCCGACACUAUUGGAUGCUAUGUUGUUCUUUCUAACAUGUAUGCUGCUGCUGAUCAGUGGGAGAAAGUUUCACAGGUAAGAGAAAUGAUGAGAAUGAGAGGAGUCAAAAAGGACCCGGGAUGCAGUUCCAUAGAGCACAGAGGUGUGCUUCAUGAGUUUAUUGUGGGUGAUAAAUCACACCCUCGGACAGAAGAGAUAUAUUCGAAGUUGAGUGAGAUGAGAGAGAAACUGAAAUCUGUAGGACAUGUUCCUGACACAAGCCAAGUUCUGUUGUGUCUUGAAGAGGAAAAAGAGAAGGAAGCUGAACUGGAAAACCAUAGUGAAAGAUUGGCUAUUGCAUUUGGUCUCAUUAAUUCGGAAGCUGGGAGUCCUAUUCGCAUUAUAAAGAAUCUUCGUGUCUGUAGCGAUUGCCACUCUGUCACUAAACACCUAUCCAGUAUCUAUAAUCGUGAGAUUAUUGUGAGAGAUAAUAGUCGUUUCCAUCAUUUCAGAAAUGGCUCAUGUUCUUGCAAAGAUUUUUGGUGACUAACUUGUUUGUCUGCUGCAUUGACGGCUGUGUUCAGCUGCUCACAGCCUUAAAGCAAGAAGCAUCAGAAUGCAUCUACCUCUAUGCUUGCGCUCUUAACAUUGGAGCAGCUAUCGGGAUAUGACUCAUAGGUCUUGCUUUCCCAAAAUUCUGCAUUGGCAAGAGACUCGCACUAACAAGAUAGGGAAUCUUCAUUAUACAGAGUCUGAGUUUAUAAUGAGAGAUAAUAGUUGUUCCCAUCAUUUCUUUCACCCUCCAUUGGAGAAAGGCGUGUAUACUAGGUGCCCUUAGUAUUAGAGGCAAUCUUCAUUGUAUACUGAUUACCCCCGUAGUAAAUGUAAACUUAUACCGACAGUAAUGUAAAAAAUUCUGAUUUUUCUCAAAUUGACUGUUUCAUACAUUCUCUUUGUGCUUUGAUUGAACUCAAAAUUUUUCUACUUUCCCCAACCUAAGAUGAAGAAACCUAUGCCUGCACUCUUAAAUUGGAAGGGCCAUUGUUGUCAGUUCUUUUGAUUGUGGGAACUUGUUGUGUGUUUAUUUAAUAUAUAGCAGUACAGGCAGUCUUGAUGCCUGUCCGGAUGCUGAAACUCUUGAAAUUAGAAUGCAACUGCAGUCCCUGUAUUGGCUAGAUACUUGUUCACCCCUUAGAUAUAUUGGCUAGAGACUUGUGCACCCCUUAGAUAUAUGGGCAGUCUAUGUUAUGCUGAUGUUAUAGUGAAAGGUAAUAGCCAUUCCCAUUUUGCAAUCUUCAUUAUACUAAGGUAAUAGUGAAAGCCCAUCAUUUCUUUCACCCUAAGUUGACAGAAUUCGUAUACUUGGUGUCCAUAUAGAUACAGUGUAGGCAAUCAUCAUUGCAGAAAUUUUAUGCCCUAAUUAAACUUAAUUUGCCUAAUGGUGACGGAUUGAUGAAGAAACCUGAGAUCAAUCUAUGAUCUUAUGGUUCGGCAUUGACUUUCUCUUGUAUUUCGCUAGUUCGAAGCAUCCUCCAUUUGUUUCCUAGUUUAGAUUUACUAUAUUGCCACAAAGCAUGCAUCUAUUGAUAGGAAUUCUUGAAUGUGCACCACAAUUAGACAAAUAAAACGAAGGAGCUUGGGAGUUUUUUACUGCAUACAGCGGUUUCAAUACAAGCAGUUUCUAGUAAAAUUGCAUCAGAACUAAUGGAGUCCACAACAAGAGAACCUCAA